GAAGGAUCUCUCCCACUGAUAAUUGUAAUUGUCAAAGUUGCCAUCAAGAAGAUGCGUCAGGCUUGAAAAAAAAAAAGUGCAGGCGAUGUAAAUUUUCGCACUCCCUUUUAAGUCUAUCCUUCAUCUCCUUUUUUUCUAGCAUGAAUUGUUUUUCAUUUGAUUAUUUUGGUGCUGCCCUGACACUAGCUCAAAUUAAAUUAUUAUAAAUUAUUUGUUUAGGAGAAAACUUUACAUUGGAGAUACACGUAAGGUUUUAUCAAAUCAAAACGGUGGAAAUGCGGUGAUCUAUCAUAAUUAACGCUUCUUCCUUAUUCUUUAAGAUACAUGAUACGAACAAACAUGAAGACAGCUAGCCUUAGAUCUUUCCACGGAAUUAAGGACCAUUUCAGGACUAAAAUGUAAGUACGUUUCAUAUGUAAACUAUACUUGUAGUUGAAUAUCACAACCGAUGUCUUAGACUCAAAAUUGAAGAAAAAAUUGAAACAAAGGAAAAAAGCGCCUGUUUACAGUUUCGUCCAGGGCGGAUAAAGGUAGGGCGGUGAAACGAGCGCGUCCGAGCAAAAAGGUGUGAUGCAGUGGACUGGGACUCUGCUUAGAAAUGUCGCUUGUUUUCGACUUCGGUCAGGGCUUGCGAUGUGGUUUGUACAUUAGACACUGCCGCUGUCACUGAAUUAUGGCAGCUUGAAUUGUUUUCUUGCACUUCUUCCUCGUUACUUUGUGCUGGUACGCUGCCUCCGAGAGGCAAAUGUUGCUAUUUUUUGCGGGAGGUUUAGUUGGAGUAGACAAACAUCUCUUUUAAAGGGUUUCUUUUAUUACUUCCAUGGCUCUACCACUGAAUUAUAUUUUCGUUCUGCUACUUGCCAAUGUCGAUGUUAUUCCAAAACAAAAACAACUAAGUACUGUCUAAAACACGAAGGAAAAUCUCAUCCAUGUCAUCCCUAGCAAAACUAAAAGACAGCAGUAGAUGACGUGUAUUUUAUAAAUGCGUGCAGCUCGUGCAAGGUGAAAUUAUGCUAAUUUCAAUCACCAUCAUCCUUCUUUUUAAUUUUGAAAAAAACAUCUCAUACGUCUUUCUGUUACUUCGAAACUUCAAAAUUAGUUUCCCCUCAGUUUUUACUGUUUACCUUGUUUUGUUUAAGAGAGAAAAACGGAGAAAAAACCUUAAAACUAACCUCAAUAAAUUUUGUUUACAUGCGGUUGCCGGAUUUUGCAACGCAUUGCGCGAAUCGCCAUGGCGCGUUGCACCCGAGAAGCAAAGUUUGAAGAAGUACAACGCNAAGGAAAAUUUCGCCGGCCUUCAAGCGCACCGGAAGCGCGGAAAGAGCGCUCGCGCCAGUCCUACUCCGCAUCACACAUUAAAUGAAGAGCGGAGCGCUCGUUUCACCGCCCAACCUUUAUCCGCCCUGGUUUCGUCUGGCCUUUUCCGCGAUCUCAACUAGUCGAAACGAGCGAAAAGAAAGUCGAAACUGGAUCACGAAGGUGGACAUUGAGAGCUAGGAAGGGAGGGCAGUAUUUUUUUGUGACGCUAAAUCUUUUCUUCAUUCGUCAUCACUAAAUGGCGGGUUGAAAGCAAUACAAAUAUCUCGUCUAGUUUCGUAACAAAUGUGAUGAGUCAAAAGCCAUAAAUUAAGGGAUGAGUCUAAUACUGCGGAUCACUGCGAUGUAGCAAAUAUUUACUAUAAGUACAUUUUUUAACUCUUUUAUUGUUCAGAGGGAAAAAUUAAGAUUUCAGUUGCUCUUUUGUUAAAAAAGUGGAUACUAUCAAACUAAAUAGUUGCAAAGAGGUUAAUCUUUUAACUUUCUGUACAAAAAAGAAUGCCUGUAGUUUCCUGCUACAUAGACUCACCUCGGCAAACGGUUGAUUUUCCCCGCUUCAUCGAUGGCGUAAAGGGGCGUAGGGACAAUACAUGUGUGGCGAAACUUUGCUUUGCAUUUUUUUCCUUUUUCCUCGCUGUUUUGCCGUUUUCUCUCGUCAAAUACAGUACAAUUGGAUAGUUUCUUUACAAAAAUGCUAAAAACGUGUACGUGUUAGUCUGUAAAAUUCGUCUUUUCCCUUAAUAUUGAAUACAAGGGUCCAGAUUUAAGAGAAAAUUUGCAAAGCACAAUUAUUAACUUUCGCGGAUUCAAAAACAGAAAAAAAACCUGUAAAAGCUUCCACAACAAUUCCGCCGGGAUCUGAUUGUAUCAGUUACAUAUUUUUUCCGUUUGCAAACUUAGCGAUUCUUAUCAUCUCUCUACCGCUCUUUUUCAAUAGAAGUUUGGAAGAAGGAAAAAUUGGGAUUAUGAAAUUCUGGGAUGCAGGAUUCAGCUACACAAUUCGUCUGUGAGUUAAUUAGUAUGAUAACAAAGAUAUCAGAAAUACGAAUAUUAUGUGCAGCUAUUUUUGUCUUCAUCAUUAGCCCCUACUAGAUAGCGAUUACUUAGUCUUUUUUUUCUUAUUUUUCAUUUUAGCGGCGUAGGGUAUGAUGAUUCUGAAUAUAUCGACAUCUCUUCCUUCUUUCCUUAUCCUUGGAUGGCAGACCCACUACUGCCAGCUUUUAAACAAUCUGGAUUUGCCAAUCAAAUUCUUGGAAAAUACAAAUUACUACCAUGUUCACUGGGGUGGUUCGUUAAUGCCUCCUCUGAAGCCAAGAAAUGCAUAGAGUGUCCAGCAGGUAAAUUAGUUCUUAGUCUAACUGACAAUAUCUUUAAAUCUUUAAAUCGUGGAGAUUCCCUUGAUAUGGACAAUUUGCUGUCAUUGUUUAACGUGAACUUUAUAGAGUAUCAGAUGAAAAGUUUUUCUUUCUUAAUAGAAUACUUAAAGCAGAGAGAUCUUUCGGAUGUCUGCAAUUUUUUUAACCAAAGAACAGUCCUCGCCAAUUUUUUUGGUCUCAGGAAAGAAUUCCAUUUCCGGUAGCCUAACAUUGACGGUGUUGAUCCACUAAAAUAGGAUAAUCAUAAUGUUUAGUAAUUAUAAAUACAGUAACAGUUUCAGGUAUUGGAACUGCUUUUUAUUCACGAUAAUUGAGGCCGCCACCUUUUUAAAUUACCUGACUACUGUUGACUGCAAGUUACAAAAUGAAUCUAACAUCCUGCUGGAAUCCCCAGCUGAUAUGAAGCAAACGUUUAAUUGUUUUGAUUGUACCAUGUGAAUAGGCUUCAGUAGCCUAAACUAAUGUGCGUUAUCUCAGUAGGUUUGUUUUUUAGCUGCUUGUCUCGCUAAAAACAAAACAACUUCUGGGACCAGGUUUAUAAUUACGUUGCAACUUGUCUAGGAGAGCCGACCUUUCAAGAACCUUGUUUAAACUGUAUUCCUUCAUUUUUAACCCUGUUUUGUGGGCGAAAAAGUGUCCCUUCCUAAAGAACAAGACAGGCUAACGCCAUCACUAAAAAACUUCGCAUAGUUUGAGUACCUCUCCAGCUUAACCGAUUAACGUGAUGAAAUGUCAGUUAUGACCUUAUGACGUUAUUACUGUAAAAGUUGACAUUUUUCACCAUUAGAUACAUUUUUCUCGUCUUUAGAAUCCAAUUUCAUUGAUGGUGUUAUUUACAACAACACUGAACAACAACAACUGUAUUUUGUACUCCACAUUGAUUUACAUUGUAUAAAAAAUACUAUUAAAUAUAUAGAGAGUAUAAAAAAAGGUGCCCAUAAUAAUCAUUGAGGGCUAAAAAGAUAGGGCAGCCUUACAUAGGUUAUUAAUAAAUGUUUUUAUUAAGGGUCAGGUACACACACGACACACAGCUACACAAAACACACACAAACAAGACGGAAAAAAUAGUAAAUAAAACAAAAAAAUUCUUGCACUACUUCUUAAGCUUGAUCAAACGAAGACUGCCCCUAUAAAUUCACUUUUGCCCUCGUGGAGAAAUUGGGGGGAAAAGCAGAAAAAAAACAAGUACUCACAUUUUCAUUGGGGGCAAGUCUCGUUAGAGCGGACACCGUCGGGACCACGAGUCAGGGGAGCAAGGAGAAAUUUCUUUUAAAAACUUUGGUUUAUACAUUAACGUGUUAAGAAUUAGAUUUGGUGUAGAAACAACUUUAGCUGACAAAAUAUUUGGAUGGACUGGACGAACUUAUUAAUGGUAGCAAGACUAGUCUGCUGGCCUAAAGAGGUGGAGAAGAUGGAAUUUCAAUUAAUACGCCGCAACAGAAGAAAAGCGAUAACCUGAAGAAAAAGAAAUUAGAUGUUUUAAAAGAGAGAAACCAAUGUUAUCGCUAUUAAAUGUUGAAAGAUCCCGUUCGUUUUCCAUCAAAAUGAGUGUUACAACAGUAAAAAUUUGUUGUCAGGGUCGAUAAAAAGUGUUUCUGAAUCCUUCAAAUGUUUUAGUCCGCAAACGCCUGUAAUCUUUGCUGGGGAUUUCGGUACAAGAGAGAUGUUACUAACAGCGACGCGGCCUCAAGGCGAGAGAAUUGACUUUAUUUCUAAGAAUUGUAGCAGUGAAAUGCCGUUUUUCCUUCUGAUUGAAAGAAUUGUGAAAUAAAGGAUUAAAACAUCACAAGACGGUCAUUUUGAAUUUCGACGCUGAGUUAUUCCGACUCUCAAGCCUAUAGUUGCCUUGUUAACAAUAUAUAACGUCAGCAAAGAUAUUAUAGUAAGGUUUUUCUUAAAAAAACAAACAAACAAGAAAACGAACGUACAAAAAAAACAAAAAACAAAAAAUUACUCAAGAUUGAUAAUGUGCCUACCUGCCUACUUGCUUUAAAGUCCCAUUCUAAAAUGUCAAAUCCAAAAUUAAAGUAUACUUUCUUGUGUGAAAAGGGAAACAAGGCAGAGAAAAACACAAGCGAGAUAUAUUCGAAUUUUUUUUUUUGGUUUACACACAUUGUCCAUUUCGUUGGACUGUCGUCAUUGUCAAGUCAAGCCGGUUGUCGAAUUUCUUUUUCUUUUUGCCACCCCACGUGGCUAGCUAAGUAAAGAAAGGAGAUAUAUUUAGCCUUGAAUAUGGAGUUAUAUUAAUUGAGCUUUACACAAAGUUAUCAAGUUUUUCGUCUACACAAGGUAGUGAAAUAGACGGAUGCGCUUUCGAACAGAUUCAGAGUCUCAAGGCCUCGGCGACACCUGCACCCAUAACAACCCUAAUACUUUCUCCUUUUGGGUGUGUGAAGUUUACAUGUAAGACAGAAGCUGAUGUUUAGUAGAUACAUUUUAUUACUGGACACAAUACUUUUCUUUAUGGCUCGGUGAACAGACCUAAACUCCUGGGAAAAAGAAAACAAAAACUAUACAUCUCAAAAGGUGUGUAAUAAAUUAAACUUUAAUUGCAAGGUUUACAUGCGCUCAAUUUUUUCUUUCACGGGGUAGUUGAUUAAAUUAUGCUGUUAUAACUCAGUUCAAUAUUUUUGAGAGUUUAGGUUCCCAUUAAAUCCCAGUAAGUUUUCUUUUAUAUUAUUUUUACUUCUUAAUUUCCCUUGGUAGUGAUUCAUUUUUUUAUCCUUUCUUCUUCCAGGAGGUUUCUACUCAGACCAGCUGGCUUUUGUAAAUGACAGCUGCCUUCACUGCAAAAAUGGGACUUUUGUCCAUUACAAUAACGCUCCAGGGAAAAGUCCGUUUGAUUGUAAGACAUGUCCAGAUGGUGAGUAUNAUUUUUGAGAGUUUAGGUUCCCAUUAAAUCCCAGUAAGUUUUCUUUUAUAUUAUUUUUACUUCUUAAUUUCCCUUGGUAGUGAUUCAUUUUUUUAUCCUUUCUUCUUCCAGGAGGUUUCUACUCAGACCAGCUGGCUUUUGUAAAUGACAGCUGCCUUCACUGCAAAAAUGGGACUUUUGUCCAUUACAAUAACGCUCCAGGGAAAAGUCCGUUUGAUUGUAAGACAUGUCCAGAU